AUGUAUCCAAUAACAGUAAUUGGUCGAAUACUUGCUUGUAUAUGUGCUUAUUUUGGUGUUGCAACAAGUGGUAUACUUGUAUCUAUACUUGUUGAUCGUUAUCAACGUGUUUAUAGUCGAAAAAAAAUUUUUCCUGAACAAAUUAUAUCAGCAGCUGAUCCAACCGAACGUGAACAUGAAGAAAAACAAGAUUUCAUAAAUAGAAAAUUAACUGAAUCUAAUAGACUGUUGUCAAAUAAACAAAUUGCACCACAGACAUCGGCACCUUCAAUAACUUCACCAACAUGCUAUAGAAAUUUUUCAAAAUGUAAAUCUAUAGCAUCUCGCGUUCGAUUUUUUAUUUCAUACACUGAAAAUCAAACAGAUGAUCAAUCAAUGUCGCGAACACCCGAUGAUUCUUUGAACGAAUUAAAACAAGCAGUAGAAAAUAGUGGCGAACAGGUUGAUUUCAAAUUAAUUCGUUCUAAUACAGUUCCUUUAAAUUCCAAAAUAACAACUUCAGAUGAACCAUUUCUUAAUUCUAAAGACUAA